UAAGUUGUGGAAGAAACAAAGCAGAAUUCAUUGAUAAGGCUAGAGGGCCUUCUGUGGAAUUGACAAGAGGAGUAUAGAAGUGCCCAGGCAGGGAACGAGGCCAGUAUUUGGAAGCAUGCUGGGACUCUCUGUCUCUCGCUUCUUACUCUAUCCUGAGCUCAGCUUCAUUUUUCUGUCUCUCCAUUGGCCGGCUUUGCCUGCUUCUCAGUCCCUGUGCAGAACAUGGCUGCCCUACCCUUUCAAAGUUAAAUUUCCAGACACAAUGGUAGACUGUCUCUAGGUGCUAAUUCCCAAAUCCUAGGUCAAAUAAUUGGAUUAGAUCAGCUGCCUUGGUGUUCAUUACUGGACCCAUCAGCUAUGGCCAGGGAGGCAAGGGACAUGUGUCUAACAGUUGGAAGCUCUUCCUCAUGGGUGGCCUGGGGGUCUCCAGAGAAGAAGGGCUGGACAGACGCCUCAGCCAGUCUCACUAUGGUGACCAGGUGGACAGGAUACCCGGAACCAGAGGUGACCUGGUACAAGGAUGACAUAGAGCUGGACCGCUACUGCGGCUUGCCAAAAUAUGAGAUCACUCAUCAGGGCAACCGCCACACCCUGCAGCUGUACAGGUGUCGAGAAGAAGACGCCGCCAUCUACCAGGCCUCGGCCCGGAACACCAAGGGCAUCGUGUCCUGCUCGGGCGUCCUGGAGGUGGGCACCAUGACCGAGUACAAGAUCCACCAGCGCUGGUUCGCCAAGCUGAAGCGCAAGGCGGCGGCGAAGCUGCGCGAGAUCGAGCAGAGCUGGAAGCACGAGCGCGAGGCGGCGGGGGAGGCGGACGCGCUGCGCAAGCUCAGCCCCGACCGCUUCCAGCGCAAGCGCAGGCUGAGCGGGGCCCAGGCGCCCGCGCCCUCGGGGCCGGCCCGGGAGGCCGAGGCGGGCACCCCGGCGGCAGCGGCGGCGAGGCCCGAGGGAGAGGCCGAGGCCGCGCCGCGCUCGGGGCUGGGCCUCAUCCACGGCUUUGCGCCCGGAGAGGCGACGACCAAUGGCGAGGCCGCCCCGGAGAACGGGGAGGGCGGCGAGCGUGGCUUGCUGUCGUACCUCUGCGACGCCAUGGAGCGGGGGCCUCAGCGAGCCCCCAGGAAGGAGUCGGGGGCCAAGAAGAAAAAGAAGGAUGAAGAACCUAAGCAAGGCCCGCGGAAGCCGGAGUUAGAGAAGGCCGCCCGAAGCCACCGUUCUGUGGAAAACCGUGUCCCCAGUUCAGAGCAGCCUGACUCCUGCGCGACGCCGGGGCCCGGGGGUGCCGAGCAGGCCCAGGGCCAGCCGGGAGGCAGGGCCGCACGGGCGCCUGCGCCCCCGGGGUCAGCUAGUGCCAGCAAGCCAGCCUCUGCCCUGGGCCCCCGACACAAGGCCCCGGGCCCAGCCCCAGCCCCAGCCCCGGAGGGGCGUUUCUCCCUGAAGGACUUGUAUGAGGAGAGCACCCGCGCGGUCGGGCCGCAGGGGGACGCGCCCCAGCCCCCGGGUGUCAGGGCAGCUGGCGAGGUCCCCUCGGGGAAGGCGCCCAGCAAGGCUAGAGGUGAGGGGGCGCCCGCUGCUCCCGGCCAGCCCGCCCCCGCCGCGGCCCCGCAGCCCACCAGGCCUUUCAACAGGAAGAGGUUUGCCCCCCCGCAGCCCAGAGGGGAGCCCGCCGCCACCACCGCCGAAGGCAAGCCCGCGUCUGCCCCGGGCCAAGCUCCAGAGCGCGAGGCCCAGAGCUCAGGGAAGGCGCCGCCUCAGGCCUCUGCCCAGGUGCCGACACCUCCUGCCCGCCGGAGACACAGCACCCGGGACAGCCCCUUGCAGGGGCGGGCAGGCCACAGGACUCCGGGAGAGGUCCCGGAGUCCCAGGCAGCCAUGGCUCCGACCGUGCCAGCCAGCAGCAGCUCUGACGUGGCCUCUGCUGGUUGUGGCACCUCCAGAAGUCAAGGUGCCAUUGAAUGUAUGGAUGUGGAAACCCAGGAGGACAGAAGAGCAUCUGCUGACAAGGGGACGGGAGGCAAGAAGGAUGUGCAGGCAGAUGGGAAGGUGCCAGCGGACGGGAGGACCCGUGGAGACAGAGCACAGGCAGCUCAGAGGACACAGGCAGACGGGAAGGCGCAGGUGGAUGUCGUGACACAGGAGCAUGAGAGGCCACAGUCAGGCGGGAGCUCACAGAAGGAUGCGGUGGUACGGGGAAAGGUGGAGACACAGGUAGAAAGGACACAGGCAGGUGAGAAGAUACAGGAAGACAGGAAGACACAGGCAGAUGAGAGGACACAGGAAGACAGAAGGGGACAGGAAGGACAGGGGACACAGUCAGAGGGGAGUGCACCCACAGCCACAGCCACGAAAGGUCAGCUGGAGCAGGAGGCCGUGACCAGCCCCAGCCCACCAGCCACAGGCCCUGGACUCCCACCUUCAGAGGGUCCUGCGUCUCCUCAGAUCGUUGAGAAUUUUACACAGACCCCAGAAGCGUCUUGUGUCCCCAAAAAACCUAGUUUCAUGCUCAGAUCUGAGGAGACAGCAGCCACAGCCUCGGGGAACCCUGAGGGAACCCUGUCAAGGAACCUCAUGCUCCCAGCACAGCCGCCUCCCGAGGGGGGCGUGGAGCAGGUGGGAGGAGAGAGCUGUCAAGGGCCAGGGAUGGCAGGGCCAGUCAAGGCCAAGCUGGAGGACAGCGCGUUCCAGCGCCCCACGGGGGAACAGCCAGCGGAGGCUCUGUGCGUGGAUCUGGGUGGCUGUCCUCCAGCUGGCCUGCGCCAGGAGGCACCCACUGUGCCCUCUCUUCCCGGAACUGGCCUGACCAAUAGCCCCAAGGAGGGGCUGCCCAGCGCCCCGACUUCUCAGCACGUGAGCACAGCUGCCUUCCUGCCCUCUGGGGACCAGGCCUUGCUGAGUUCUGCCUCCACACCGCACUUGGGGCCUGGGACCCCCAGCCAGAGUCACCCGCCAGAAACCAUGGCCUCCUGCAAUGAGGGGGCCUGCGCCAUGGCACCCGAUGUGGAGGGGAGGCCCCCAGGCCCCCGUGGCUGUGACCCCGGCCUCAUAGAUUCCCUGAAGAACUACUUGCUUCUGCUGCUAAAGCUAUCCAGCACUGAGACGAGUGGAGCAGGGGCAGAGUCCCAGGCGCGGGCCGCCACUGGAGGUCUGGAGCCACCGUCCGCUCUGGUCCCCACCGUGGAAGUGGCCGGGCUGAGUCCCCGGACGUCAAGGCGCAUCCUGGAGCGUGUGGAGAACAACCACCUGGUGCAGAGCGCGCAGAGCCUGCUGCUGAGCCCCUGCACCUCCCGCCGCCUAACCGGCCUCCUGGACCGCGAGGUGCAGGCUGGCCGCCAGGCCCUGGCCACUGGCCGGGGCUCCCAGGGCCCUGGCCUCAGCCCCCUCACUGUCCCUGCCAUCGUGGUAGGUGAGGAGGGCCCUGGGCUGGCCUCAGAAGACAAGGGAGAGGUUUCUCUUGAGGGGCCCGGCCCCUCCCAGGAGAGCAGCAUGGGUGGGCCACUGGGGGAGGCGGGAGGGCAGGCGGUCCCUGGGCAGGGCCUGCUCUCGCCAGAGGCCAGAGCCCAGGACCGCUCUCCAGAGGACGAGGUCCCAGGGGAGGCCCCGACAGGUCUCCCUGCAGCCACACCUGAGGAACUGGCUCUAGGGGCACGGAGGAAGAGAUUCCUCCCUAAGGUCAGAGCAGCAGGAGAUGGGGAGGCCACCAGGCCUGAAGAAAGGGAGAGUCCCACGGUUUCUCCCCAGGGGUCCAGGAAAAGCCUGGCGCCUGGGUCCCCAGGGACUCCGAGGCGGGAGAGAUGCUCCCCUACCCAAGGCAGGAAGGCGGGUCUGCUGGAGGUGCCGCGGGUGGAGGAUGAGCCGGCUGCAGACCUGGGCUCCAGCCCCAAGGCCGGGGGUCUGGACACAGAGCCGGCCACAGAGGAAGGCAAGCAGGAAGCCAAGCCCAGGAAAGCCAAAGACCUGCUGAAAGCCCCACAGGUGAUCCGGAAGAUUCGGGUGGAGCAGUUUCCCGACGCCUCGGGUAGCCUGAAGCUCUGGUGCCAGUUUUUCAACAUCCUCAGUGACUCGGUCUUGACCUGGGCCAAGGAUCAGCGCCCAGUGGGCGAGGUGGGCAGGAGUGCAGGGGAUGAGGGGCCGGCGGCCUUGGCCAUCGUGCAGGCGUCCCCCGUAGACUGCGGCGUGUAUCGGUGUACCAUCCACAAUGAGCACGGCUCGGCCUCCACGGACUUCUGCCUCAGCCCCGAGGUGUUGUCAGGAUUCAUCUCCAGAGAAGAAGGUGAAGUUGGAGAAGAGAUUGAGAUGACCCCCAUGGUGUUUGCCAAGGGUCUGGCUGACUCUGGCUGCUGGGGGGACAAGCUCUUUGGACGACUGGUGAGCGAGGAGCUCCGAGGGGCUGGGUAUGGGUGUGGCCUUCGGAAGGCCUCCCAGGCCAAGGUCAUCUACGGGCUGGAGCCCAUCUUCGAGUCGGGCCGCACGUGCGUCAUCAAAGUGUCCAGCCUGCUUGUGUUUGGGCCCAGCAGUGAGACUUCUCUUCUGGGCAGAAACUACGAUGUCACCAUCCAGGGCUGCAAGAUCCAGAAUAUGAGUCGAGAGUACUGCAAAAUCUUUGCGGCUGAAGCCCGUGCGGCGCCCGGCUUCGGGGAGGUGCCUGAGAUCAUCCCGCUGUAUCUGAUCUACCGGCCUGCAAACAACAUCCCCUAUGCUACCCUGGAGGAGGACCUGGGCAAGCCCCUGGAGUCUUACUGUUCCCGGGAAUGGGGCUGCGCCGGGGCUCCAGCAGCGUCCAGCAGCUUUGAGGUCGUGCAGAAGUGCCAGACCUUCCAGCACUGGCUGUAUCAGUGGACGAAUGGCAGCUUCCUUGUCACAGACCUGGCAGGGGCUGACUGGAAGAUGACUGACGUGCAGAUUGCUACCAAACUACGAGGAUACCAAGGCCUCAAGGAGAGCUGCUUCCCCGCGCUGCUGGACCAGUUCGCCGCCGCGCACCAGUGCAGCGCCUACUGCGAGAUGCUGGGGCUCCAAGCCCUCAAGGGCCCGGAGGCUGCCCACCCCCAAGCCAAGGCCAAAGGUUCCAAGAGUCCAUCUGCUGGCAGGAAGGGCCCCCAGCUGAGCCCUCAGCCUCACAAGAAAGGCCUCCCUAGUCCCCAGGGCACCCGGAAGAGUGCCCCAAGCUCCAAGGCCACCCCUCAGGCCACAGAGGCAGUCGCCGUCCAGUUGUUGGGACAGCCUCCCAGCCAAGAGGUGGGCUCCAAGGCCCAGGGCAUGCGGUAGCCCGGACAGGAGGCUGGGGGCCUCCACCCAGCAGCAGACCAACCAAGAAGCAGCUUGAACCGGAUGGAGACUUUCCUAACACAGAACUAACCAGAGAAGGCGUGCUAAGGAGGCACCACUUGGGGACCUCUCUGAGCAGCCCCUCGAUCAGCUCCUCACCGAUGGCGUUGGUGCCCGGCACUCAGCCCACCGGCCUCUUCUGGCGCCGUCAUCACCCCGGGCUCCCAGGCCUCGAGCGGGCCCCACCUCCAAGUGCCUGGCGGCCUAGGCCCUCCUUGAAGUUUACACUUGCCACUGUUGGAGGCUCUCCUGCGUCCUCUGCAUGCGUUCUGUGGCCCGGCCUCGCCCCAGACAGAUCCUGCAGCAAGUGUUGUGCCCGCGUGCCCUUGCCUGGCCCUGGUCUCCCUGUCCUCGGGGCUCCACACCUCCUGUGCCGGGUCUGCCCUGGUGACUCUCAGGGUGUCUUCUCUUUCCACCUCCUCUGGCUCAUGCAUCCCAGCCUAUCCUGCCACUAACCUGCCGCUGAGCCCAGAUGGGGCUCAGGGCCCUUCCAGAGCCUGUCGUAUCCUUGUGCAGUGGCCUUUGAUGAUGCGUGUUCAUGCUCUUCCUUCCCCAUCACUCACUGCCCUGCUCCUCACACCCACCGCACAUCCCGGCUGUGAGCCCAGUGCCAGCCUGCCGCCUGCCCUGCACCCACUCUUCGCUUGUCCCUUCGCCUGGGGGCUCCCUUGCCCUGACCCCACACCCUGCCCACCAAUGCCCAGGUGAGGAAACCCUCGGGCGCCUCCCUCCACCCCAGCUCACCCUUCCCCACUCCUCCCAGGCUCUGUGCUCAUGGGGUGAGAGCUGGCUUGAGGGCUGUGUCAGCAGCUGUAGCCAGAGGGAGGGGUUGACUUUGAGCAACCCUGUGCUCCAUGCUGAAAGGGGUGGGGUCACAGGGAACCGCACAACCAGGGGUGGAGGGCUGGGACCCUCUCCACGGGGGAGUACACGGUGUGUGCAGGGAAGGACGCAGUCUCUCCAUGCACUUGGGUGGAGGGGCGUCUCUGGGUCUGGAAAUUAGGACCUCUGCCCCCAACCAUUGUUAGCUCUUGACCUGGGGCUCCAACUGGCCCUUGUGUUGGGCUCCCAAGGAAUUUCUGUGCUGGCUCCAGCACCCUGGCUUCCUCCUGAGCACCCUCCUUGAGGCCUGGGGUGGGGUAGGUCUGGGCUAGCCGGCUGCCCUUGGAAUGCAGUGACGGCAGCACCUGUGCAUCCCGCUUGCCCUGGCUGGUGUGGGUAGAGCACACGGAGUCAGGGCACCCUCCCCCCAGCCAGGCUUUCUGAGGGCGCCCUGUAUCCCUGGGCUUGCUGGGAGAAUGAAUCUAUGUUUUGGCUCCUGGACGCAAGUUCAGUCUCAGCCUUCUGUGGCCACAGCUAGACAGUCUGUGCUUCUUGUCCAACUGAGCUGAUGGCUUGUGCCCUCAGGGGCCUAUGCCUUUGGAAUUGCUCCUUCGCUUGGAAGAAGAACACAAAGGAAGGAACCCAGGAAGGAAGAGCGGGACGGGGCCUGUGCAGAAAUGCUCUGCGCCUCCGGCUGCCUCCCUGCCCAAGACCGUCCCAGGAGACCGGCAGCACCUGCUCCCAGCCGCGCUGUUUCCUGCCUCUUCUCGUUCCCAGCCCCACCCCUCACUCCCCGUGGGGGCCUUCCCCUGCCUGACAUCUCCCUCCGUUUUGACAUUUCUGACUUGUCUACCUCCUCUUGUGCUCAGGUGACCCCUCACUUUCUCCUCUUGCCUCAGUGUGACCCCAACUCUCCCAGCCUGCAUAACCAGAUUACUUUGGUGAACUGAGAA